UCGAGCGUCCUAGGUCCGACUCACCAUUGACACCCUUCAACAGAGUCCGAAAACCGUGGUUUAUUUUUCUAUUGAAGAAAAAUAGUUUUGUWUUUCUGCCAUUUUUAGUUAACAGAAAAUGCUUAAAAUAAUUUGACUGUUUAAAACAAAAACAUUCUGAAACAGAAUUAUGGCAAAUCAACUUCAAGGAUUGGAUUCCGUGAAUAAAAAGAUUAUUUUACAUGUAAACUCAGCCUAUGGAUUUGGUUUGGUCAAAGGAUCAAUUGUAAUUUAUGCAACAUUAAUGAACCAAACAUUAGAAACAGCUAUAAUUCCAGUCAAUAAAAAUGAAUUGAAGUUUUCCUCAGAUAUUAUAUGGUACAUGGAUAAUGCCACAUUAAGGAAGUUAAAAAUGUCUAAUGCAUCUAUAAAAGUUGAAUGCUUCCGUAUUCCAAUAGACAAACUUAGUUCAAAUGAAAAGCUUGGUUACCUUUUAUUAAAAGUGAAAGGUGCACAAACUAUUAAUCCAACAUCGAAUGAUCGUAUCGAAAAUGUAUCAUACAAAUUAAUAGGAUCAAAAAACUGUUGUUAUGAUCUUAAUUUAUCAUUAAGAAUUGAAGAUUUAAAUGAUAAAGCUAUUGGAAAAUCACCUAAAAAAAUUAAUUACUCAAAGUUGAUAAAUAAUAAGAAUAAAAAUGAUGAAACUUGUUUGAAAAAAAUAGAAGACAACAAACAUUUUGAAGAAAAUAUUGAAGUAGAUUCACCAAUUCCUGAUGUUAAUAAUGUUAUGUUAGAACAAAUUGAUAUUUCACCAGAAAAACAUGAACACCAAAAUGAAUUAAAUUUUGAUUUUCAACAAUCGAUUGGAGAAUUAGAAGAUUGGAAAGACAAACAAAUGUUAUUAUUUAAUGAAAAGAUGAAAUUGAAAGAGGAACAACUGUUAAAAGAAUUUAAUAAUAAAUGGUUGAAUGAUAGAAAACUCAUUGAAGAGGAACUUACCUUUGCUAUGUCAAAAUGUAAAGCAUUAGCUAAGGAAUUAGACGAAAUGUCUGAUAAGUUAAAAGAAAGAGAUGCAAUUGUAACAGCUAAAGAACUAGAAUUAGCAUGUCAAAAAAAUAGUAUGGAUAAUAAAUAUAUUGGAUUAAUGUCUUCCAAUGCACAAACACAUAAUGAGCUAAGUAAAAAUAUUUUUGAAUUGGAAAAAAAACUGCAUGGGUUAGAAAAAUUGAAUAUUUUACUAAGAAAAGAAAAUGAAAAACUAAAAUAUGAUAACAGUUGUGGUUUGCAUGUACAAGAAUUAGAAAAUAAAAUUUCAAUUUUAGAGGGUAAACUUGAAGACGCUAAUAAGUCUUGUAUGUUCUUCAAAGAACGAUGGAUAACAUCUGUGAGAAAAAUAAAUCAAUUGUACACAAAAUUUCAUGGAACUAAAACUGAUGAUCAUUUACUCAACAAUAAACAAAAUAUUCAAAAUAUAUUAACUAACCAAUUAGUAGAACGGCAACAUGACGAAGAAAAAUUAAGAUUACUUUUAAAUGAUAUAAGUAAACUACGGCACGAUAUGACCAACACUAAUUUUUUGGACUUAUGAAAACUGGAAGUAUAUACAGAAGUAAAAUAAAUUGGCUAUUGAUUAUAUUAUAUCUAAAUAGUUAAGUAAAAGUCAUUU